GUUUGAUUGAUUUAUCCGAAAUUAUCGCUUUCAAAGCGGGUAGUGAAGAGCGGAAUUUGCAGGAUUACCAUUUUAGUAAGAUUUUUGACUUUGCAUCUUUAACCUGAAUUAGACAUAAGCUUGUGGUGAACCAGAAGACAAACCCGCAGUGAUAAAUGCGGAAACUUUGUCGAUCUGGUGCGGCGUCCUUCAAUUUGUGAGUCAAUGAUCAGUGCACUACCAGCGGACAGAACUGUUUAUCUUAUAGUUAUCCCCGUUUAGCGCCUCAAAAUGCAUCUGUGCAGAGGAAAGGAUCAAGAAGAAGGUAUUGUAAGAAUACUAUUGUGUAGUCUUAGACAGUUAAUGAUCGUGGAAAGAAAGCACUUGUUUUACAAGCAGCUGGCCCGAGUUUCCUUAACAACUGUUCUACUGUUAACAACCAGUCGAUAUUUUCAUUUGCCCACGUUGACACAGUCUCAUUGAUCGGGGGUAAAUUAUAAAUUCAUUUUCAAGCACGCUAUUUUCUAUUCCAUAUAUUAAUAUCGUGAUUUAUUUGAAAUGAAAAAUGUAUUAGUUUUGUAUUAAAAGUGAUUUUAUUUUACUCCUGUUACCCAGAGAUACCAGCCUCGAAACAGCGGUGUCGACGAUAGGAUAAGUAAGCUUAUAACGAGCAUCAACCUUACUUAACAGCCCAAAAUAAAGAACUUGUGCGAAAAGUAUGCCUUGUAAACGUACAUACAGCGUUAGUAGUGUCGUACUUUCGUAUUUGACCUUUCCCCUUUGGAAAAAUUUAAUAUUAAUGCUUUGUUUUUCAUUCAUUUAACCUUGCGUCGCUUUUUUGCUUCAAUAAUUAAGCUCUUCCAUUAUUAGUAGCAACGAUAGUGAUAAUAUAAGCUUAUGUCACAAAACGUCCAGAGACUAGGAAAAUAAGUGCGUUAUAAUGGGGUGAGUUAUAUUGGAAUCCUGUUCCUUACAUUUUUACAAUUUUACUUCAACUGGAGCAAAGAAAAGUACAUACAAGGAUUCAUUGUAUUGUUAAUUUGGUGUUCAUUCUAAUGAAGUUUCACUUUAAAACACCACUUCAGUUUUAAAAGAGUGUUUCAUCUGCCUCAGCAUUUGGCUUCAGCAGAUAACACCUUCAAUCUGCAUAAUUGUUCAUAUGGUACAUCCCAGCCUCACCCAUUAAUAAUGUUUAAUAUUGUUCUCCCCAAUAUUUGUGAGUCACAAAAUGUACUGAACAAGACGCACAUAUUCUUGCUAUAUUUAUGCAGAAUAGUUUUUGUUGCUAGUUCAUUUUGUUAUCAGGCUUGUUAUUAUAUCAGGUGUGCAUGUGCAUGUAAAAAGUAAAAAUUACCCAACCUGAGUGGAAAUCGAUUGGUGGACUUAAAAAUCAACUUUAGGAAAAUAAUUUGCCGCUUUUCACAAACAUGUGAAUUCGGAAGUUCAAAAGCCAACUGACGAUUGCGUUUUUCGCUGCCGUCAAUCAUCUUAACUGACCUCUUAGGAAACAAAACUUUACUUUAACGGGUUCAAAAGGUCAUGGUUCGUGAUUUGUGAUCGGUGGAUUUCGAUCCAUUUUGUGUGUUUCUGUGUUUCAAUGUUCGUUGCUUGUGGUUGUAAUAAUUAUGAUUGACAGCAGCGAAAAAUCCAAUUGUGAAGGCGGCUUUUGAACUUCAGAGUUUGCAUGUUUGAGAAAAGCGCAGUAAAGAACAAGUUAGACCUGUAUAUCAAUAAUAUGGUCCAGUGUCCAGCAGUAAACAACCACCCAAAAUGCAAAGAUUUAGUGGUCUCUUAUGGGCAGUGGUCACUUAUAAGAAUCAAACAAUCCACAGGGUACUUCUUCAAGAAGAGGUCCUGGUGACACGUCUACUUUUGGAUCAGAAUUUAUUGGAUAUAAGGUCUAAGUUGUGAUAUGUGUACCUGUACGAAAUCAGUAGAUGUUCAGCAGAUCUGUAACAGAUCUGUUUUACGAAAACAGACUAACUGCAGAUUAUUUUUACAUCUGCAAAGUCUGUUUUCAGUCUGUGCAGGUACUGCCUUCAUCAUCUGGAAAGAUGUUUGAUGCUGCAGAUGAGAAACAGAUGAAAAACAGAUCUGCACAUGAUCUGUUGAGUCUGCAGAGUCUGCAAGCUGUCUUUAGCACACAUGUUCAUCAAUUGGAAACAACUUAUUAUUAAGACUAUCCGGCCCAGUGUGUCGGCUGCUUUGUCGAUAAAUUUAACCAGCUACAUCCAAUUUUAUUAAAGAAAAAACCAUUAUUAUACUAUUAUAGUUUCAUUUUAUUUUAUUCACUCUCAAGAAAAACAUAGCUUUUCAAUUCAUGAAUCUUUUCAUAAUUUUUUUGAUAAUUUCUUAUCGCAGUUCUGCCGGUAAAUUUCCAUAACAUGACGGAGUUAACUUAUCAGUUUUACACAGCAAUAUUUCACCAGAUCUGCAGCAGACUAAAAUUAAUACAAAUCUGCUCAUUUCCUAUGGGUAGUUGCAUGUUGUCACUAAACGUUCCUCUCAUACUCUGAUUUAUGUUAAGCACAGACAUUGAGCUCAGAUCUGACCACAUCAAAAGUGACAUACACAAGUACAGAACAUAUAAUCCAGGCUGAAGUGGACUACAGUUAAAAUUAGAAAAACUCCUUUGACUCCCCCCACCCCUUCCUCCCUCAAAACAAUACAGUGCUAAUUUUUUCCAGCCUGGAAAACUCCAGGGGCCCUGCAUUCUCCAAAGUCAUGAUUUAUUAAUGGUCCUUGAAAGUUGUUGUUGUUUACAUUUAAGAGUGACGUCUCAAUAGUUUUCCAGAUAACAUGAUAAAAUAUUCUGUUAAUAAAACAAGCUGGUACUUUUUUUUUAGUUAAUAAAGUUAGUUUUUUAUUUUUUUCAGUUAAUAAAACAAGCUGGCAUUUUUUUUAGAUUUUAAUUUGAAUAUUUCAUUUAAUUUGGGUGGGAUUAGUUACAGGGCCUUUCAAGAAAUUGGCUGCUGGAGCUCUUUUUUUAUUAAUAAUUUUUUUUGGUAAAUUGUGAACCCUGGUGAUUUACUAUUUUACAUUUAAGUAUUAUAUUAAUUUUAUUAAUUUUCAGAAACAGACAGGCAGCUUCGAACCAAUGAUCAUGAGUACAAUUCCACCUUCCACUAUGUCAACAAUUAUAUCAGGACCUCUAAGUACACCUUGCUGACCUUCUUACCUAUGAACUUGUUUGAACAAUUCCGGAGGAUUGCCAACUUAUAUUUUCUGAUGCAAAUCGUUAUCAUGGUAAGAGAAUAUGGUAAAACUACCAAGUAUUUCUUCCAAGUUAUAAGUACAGUGUAAGUAGAUUUACAUAACCUGAGAUAAAGGAUGUAAAAACUAUUUGAAAGAAAAAAUGGUUGUUGUUUUUAAUAAAAAUUGCAGGAAGCCCAAAGGUCUAGGUUUUCUCGUCAUGCAAGACAAAGUUUAGUCACCUUGAGCCAGUGGUCCCCGCUAGACCACAGCAGUAAAAAUGAAAAAUGGGAAAUGUGUCCUUGAAAGUCCUUGAAAAGUCCUUGAAUUUUUUGUUCAAAAAAGGGUACAAACCCUGCAGGGUUCUCUCACGAGGUUGCAUGGGUCAAUGCAUGCGUGAAUUUGGUCAAAGUAUAUGCAACAACAACAACGACAUGUUGUUUUCAUGUCAGGCUACUUGACAGAGCGAGCUGACAUGAGUACACAAAUUCUGAGUGACUCAUUUGCAUAUCACAUUCCACAGCAAUAACUCGAUAGCUCGGUGAAAUGCCCGAAAGGCCUUCCCAAUCCCCCCCUCCCCCUUUCACCACCACCCACCAAUCAAUGUUGUUCCACUGCUCCAGGUGCCUGUAAAGCCAACUUUGGUUUUGGGGAAGGUGUGAGGGGACUAAAUUGUGUUUUUUAUUUUCUCCAAAAUGUACCCUAUGAAAGUAUCUCAAGAAUUUGUUUGCCAGUGACAUUGUAGCUUCUGAAAAGAUUCUUCUAUUAAAUUUAAUAAUUCCUUGAUCAAAAGAUACUAACAGUGUGUCUAUUGCUUAUAUAUGCCAAUGUAAUAUAUAUAUGGAGGUAAUCCCUUCUCAACUUGUUCUUUAGUAAGUUCAUUUUUGUUGUCUUUCAUCACAGUCCAUUCCUAAAAUCACUGCGUUAAGCCCUGAAGCUACAGCUGUACCACUUAUUAUUGUUCUGGCUGCAACAGGAGUCAAAGAUGCUGUAGAUGAUUUUGUAAGUCAAACAAACAUUUUAUUCAAAUUUACCAUAAGAUUAUACAAGCCAGACACCUAGCUCUCUAAGACGGAUAGUCAGGACUGGUCUCCCAAAGGUGUCUCAGACCUGAGUGUACUCCUGACCUGUGGAACAAUGUGAUCUGUAGUUUAAACUCGGCUGUUGAAAGAAAUAAUGCUGUAGGUAAAUCCAUUGUUGUAUUGCUAAACCUAGUUACUUUCCACUUGCAGAAACGGCAUAGAAGUGAUGAUGCAGUCAACAAUAGGAAGGCGAAGGUUCUUAGAAACAACAGUGAAGUAACAGGACAAGCUGAAAAGUGAGAUAUAUGCCUGUUGUUUAGUUUUAUAUUUGAGAGGUCAAAACAUCCUAGUUAUAAGUGGUAUGGAUCUGAUCUACAUUAUUAACAUAUUAUGGUUUUCUUCUCGAUUUUACUCUUAAUAUUAACUGAAAAGUCAGCAGUUACCUGGUCAGGAAUGAAUAGUCAAAAUUACAGUAGGUUAUGUGGGGAACUUUCAUGAAAAAAAAGUGAUAUGUCAAGGCCGUGCUCUGAGAAAAGUUGAAGUGAACCCACUGCUCUGAACCUUUGAAAUCCCGGGUGCCCAGAGUAUGAUUUGUAUGAAAAAACUAAAAUUUUCCAGUUUACCCAGGAGCAAAUUAAAGUUAGGUGCCAUGAAACACCAGGCACUGUUAAAGCACAGGGGAGGGUACAAAAUGCAGGUGAGAGGAAUUAUGGUUACAGUGCCAUGGUAAACAAACAACACUUAAAGCAGCAUGCAAAGGAAGUAGUGUCCGAUAGCCCGGGGCUAGUGGAUUUUGCUAUCAGGCUAGUGAAUUCUGUUUUUAACUUGCCCAAUGGGCAAGUGAUGUUUUUUGAGGAAUUCGAUCAACAGAAGAACUGUAAAAUCAAUUCUGCUAGUCAAAAAGUUUUUUGGGCUAGUUGAAAUGACGUCAGGGCUAGUAAAUGCUGGCUUUAGCUUGCCCGAAUGGCAAGCUGUAAAAAUGAUUUUCUUAAUGCACCCUGUAAAGUGUCUCCUGGCCUAAUGGCAAUCCAAAAUAGAGUUUUAGUUUAAUGUGAAACUACUUAUCUCAUUCAUUAAACAAUAGAGCAUUCAGACAUGCUGCACUUGUGGUCCCUGUGGCCUGUUACCUGUGUUUUGGACCAGCUUUGUGUGCACUUUCAGCUGUCAGUUGCUUAUAAUAGAAGUGGUUGCGUACCACAGAUUCCACCAGUUACUAUAUUUAUUUGACUGAGAAAUUUUAAAAUUUUUAUUUUUUGAACUUUGGAUAAAAGAGAAUGCUGGUCACUGAUGGCCAGUACGUGUAGAUGGUUUGACAUAAAUGAGAGGUUUCCUCAACUGUCGUGUUACGUACAUGUGUGCUUUUUGACUUGAUCAUGAUUUUAUAAACUAUCUUGAACGUGUAUUGGUUUAAUAAUAAUAAAAAUGUUUAACUCUCUGUUAGACAAGAAGAAGAAACGUGGAUGAAGCUUCAAGUUGGUGAUGUUCUCAGAAUAGAUAACAAUGAUCAAAUUCCUGUAAGUAAUCAAUACAUAGAUGUUGGCUUGCAUUUCAAGUCUUGGCCAUUUUUAGGUGUCUUAUCAGCCUUUAUCUCUUUUGCAGGCUGAUAUUGUGGUUCUUACUACCAGUGAAGAAAAUGGUUUGUGCUACAUCGAGACAGCUGAAUUGGAUGGGUGAGUCAUAUAUAUAGUUGUAAUCUUAUAAAAUUUCCUUUUUAUUAGGAGAACAAAGUUCAGAUGGUGAAAAUUUUCGUCAAUGAGUUACUAGCUAGUCAAACUCCUUUAUUUUUUUUGUUUUCCCAUCAACUCCUUUUACAGACAUCUAACUAAUAUGAAACCAUUAAUUGUUGAAAGUUGAUUAUGUAGCACACAACAAAAAAAUAAAUUUGCAGCAGCAGGGUCAGAUUAAAAAUAUGAAAAAUUGUUUGCAUGCCCUUGAGUUCCAGCAAGCUAUUCCUGAUGUUAGUAAUACCCGAGUCCAAAGAAGUUGUGCACACCUUCCAACCACUCUUUCCCUUAAAAAUGCAAAUGUUGCUUGCCUGUUGGGUAACUCACAAUGAAUUAAAACAUGCUAGCCUGAAGGCUAUUGGACAGCACUUUGUCACUCCCUGAACAGUCAAUGUUCUUGAGUACACAUGUUCACAUAUGCAAAAGAGUUUUGUUUCUACUAGAAGCCUCGAUCUUAAUUACCCCCAUUUAUGAAAAUAAUCAUUAACUUUUCAGGUCAAUCAUACAAACUUUAUUCACUUUAACUUAAAGUGACAUAGAUAAUCAGUACCUUAAUUUGACUUUCACAUCUGAUGUACCAGCCAUUAAACUUCACCUACAUGUAUAAAAUUAUCAUUUCUUGUUUGUUGAUAAUUGUUAAGGUUUUAUGUUUUGUUCACAGGGAAACUAACCUAAAAUGUCGGCAACCCCUCACUGAAACUGCAGAACUUGGUGAUGAUGAAGAUCAACUUUCAACAGUUAAAAGUAUAGACUUUUUUUCUUGCAAUUUGCAUGCAAAGAUAGUUUGAGCCAUAUGCAACAGUGAUGAUAUAUGAGGAUUAAUCUUUCUAAGUUGCAAAAAUUGACUAUUUGUCAAAAGGGAAGCUUGUUUUGUCAAGCAGUCAUUCUCUGUCAGUUGAUGUGCACAAAUUUGGCCUUUUUAUAACAGCCAUGGCUAAAAUGAAAUUUCAGUUGAGAUUUUGACAGAUUUACAUUUACAAGGUCACAACAACACGGACUUUGAUGAGGCGAGCUCAGCUAGUUUGCGACUUAACACAGCAGGCUACAAAAUGGGACUGCCUACCUAAACCACCUUUUUAAAGCAAAAACAACUACAACGCAGACUUUGUUAGAUGGAAAACCCACAGUAACACCAAUUCCAACACUCGUUAACUCUGCCCCUGUUACAACAGUGACUAUACCAUACAUCAGAGCCACCUAUGAACCUAUCGUAUCAUAUACUACAACCUUACGACAUACACGUUGCACACAAACUGAUAAGCACUUUACUACGACUGUCAAGGACAAGGACAGACAUGGAGCAGUAUACAAGAUCAAAUGCUGUGAUUGCCAGGUCUUCACAGCCAAUAACAUUGCAACCUAUAAAUAGUUUUACCUCUUAAUCAAAUUUAACCUGUUAUCGGCAUUUCCAUUGGAAAUGUUUUAUGGCGCUUACCUUCUAAUAUGCAAAGUUUCAUAGAAAUCUGUAAGAGAAAGUUGGAGAAAUCUUGGAGUUUCUGCAAAAAGGGUAUUAUGUAUGUCUUCUGGUUCAAUUUUAUCCUUGGUUUAAAUUAUAUUUCCCUUUGUUUGAAGCUCGUUAUUAUACAUUACCAUACCCAAAAACAAACAGAAAUAAAAUUUAAACCAAGUAUAAAAUUGAGUACCAUAACUUAUAUUACAGAAAUAUUUGCGACUUCUUGGAUGUUUCCUGUACAUUUUUACUAAUUAUUCAUUAAUUCCAUUUUUUGCCUUUGUUAGUGGAAAUAAGCUGUGAACCUCCUAAUAACAGAUUAGACAAGUUCAAAGGAAAGUUGAUGUAUGAAGAAAAGAUGUAUCCUCUGGAAAAUGAAAAUGUCAUUUUACGGGUAAGAUGAAAGUGCAUUGGUAGUUACUUGCAAGGCAUCUAAUUGUAGUUUUUGGUCCUUGAAAUUCAGUCCACUGAUCAACGUCUCUCCAGAAAGAUAAUAGACAUAAUUUUAAGGAUCACAUAGACUAACAAGUAGAUCAGAUGUUGGUUCUCAUUUCUUAUCCCAAACUUUUAAUGUUUUGGUAUCCAGGCUAAUUUUCCAGUCCUAUCUCUCUAUAACCCCAUUGUUCAUUGUCUAAACAAAUUUAACCAGAUGUAUGAAGAAUAUCAAGAUGUCAAGUGUAGCUUAUUAAAGAAGUUCCUGGAAAAAAAUUAAAGUAGUGAUUUCUGAUAAAUUUUCAGAUCGUUGCUGUAAAUUAAUUGCCUUGUGUUUGCAUCAUAAUAGUUGCAAGUCACAUAGGCCUUUCAGUUUGAGUUUCUUUAAUUAAUCAGCCCACCUUUUCAGAAAUCUAUAUUUGGUCUUUGUUUAUUCACAAGAAUUGCUUAGUAAAACAUGAGGUGGUGCUAGAGAAAUAGAGCAAACCACUUGUGCCUAAGUUUGAGAAAUGGAUGUGAAAUAAUGAUUGAAAUAUGAGAAAUCUGAAUGUGCCUCUGAGCAAGUGAGUUUUUAGCUUUUAAUCAGAAAGUUCUGUCUUUAGGGAUGUGUGCUGCGUAACACCCAUUGGGUUUAUGGUGCAGUGAUAUAUGCUGGACAUGACACCAAACUCAUGAUGAACACUGGUAUGACUGUUACUCUUCAAGUUUAAAUAAGACUUUUAAGUCAGAAGUGACCAGGGCUUACUUCAAACAGUGUACAGUGAACUCUCUCUUAGCAGGACACCUUUGGGACCGGCAAUAUGUGUGUCUUAGAGAGAUAUCUGUCUCAACUACAAGGAGUAAAGUAAGGCAAAGGCCAACUCUAGGUGUCCUUUUUGGCAAAGUUUCCAUCUUAUCUUACGUCGAACUUUUACACUACACUAAUGGUCCCCGAUUACUUUGUUCUAGUUCCCAGAAUUUUCUAGCCGUGCCUAGGACUAGGUUAAAGACGUGUGGUGAUAGGGCUUUUUCCACAGCUGCUCCUAGGUUAUGGAACCAAUUGCCCCCUGAACUCAGGAGUGUUACAUCUGUCGACCAGUUCAGGUUGCAGUUAAAGACAUACUUAUUUAAAUUAGCCUACGAUGUUUGAUUUUAGUGGCUUUAUUUAAUUUUUAUUUUAUAGUUUUAACUCUAGGUUCUUACCAUAUUAUUGUAGCACUUUGAGCAAUAAGUGGAUAUUGCGCUAUAUAAGUGUCUAUUAUUAUUAUUAUUAUGAAGGUGUCCAUUAAGACAGAGUUCACUGUAUGGGAAUCAGUGUUCUUACGAGGAUUUUCUACACUGGGGUCCACAGGACCCAUAGAGAAGCUAACUUCUACUUCUACUAUAUUACUUCGCAAAGCCUGUACAGCAUCACGCGAAGGAUCCGUAUAUCAAGGUUGACCACAACACCGGGGUCUACGACCCCUACUCUUUACGAACAGUGUGUGGGUUCUUUAACGUCCCACAGUAUUAAUAUAGGCAAGGAUUGUGAGACGGGGCCUACGGUUUUUCGUCCUUAUCCGAGAAGACUAGAAAGUCUAACCAUUUGCAGAUGUCAUUACAAAGGCAGCACUUUCUUCUCAGUUAUUGUUAAGACCCUGAGUGUUGGUCCGGCCGGGGCUUGAACCCGCGACCUCCCGCUCAACAGACCGGUGCUCUCCCAACUGAGCUAACCAGGCGGCGGUAUAAAAAGGGGGUCAUGAGGGAGAAAAACAGGGCACAAAAUAUUUUUAGAUACAGUUAACGCAACAUUUUCACAGGUCUGAGUUAGAGUUAAUAUCUUGUACUUUUGUAGAUAAUGAUGGGUGUUUUUUAAAGACGCUAUAACCAAUUAAAUUUUGGCUUAUAUCAUUAGGAAAUGUACGUACUUGUACAUUUGUUUACUUACUUUGUAAAUAGGUUUUUUCCUCCUUGCAUGCUUGGGACCCCUCAGGCUAAUAAAUUAUAGUCAGUGCAACAUUUCCUAAGAAAAUGUCAUUGGCAAUGUCACGGUCUGGGGAAUUAUUGAUUUGAAAGGAAAAAAGGGCUUAGCAAACAGAAAUAAUUUAAACUACACCGUCCUGUAAGUUUGCAAGGAGUGUUUCGGUUAUUUGACAAAUGUGGAAGUCUAUUACAUAGAACUUACGUCACGUCUACCCAGCACUUGAAAGACACUUGAAAGCUGAAUUCAGAUCUAUUUUGAAUUAAGUUUCUUUAAAUUUGGCAACGCUCAAGAAUGCACAAUCUGCUGUGUGGCAUUUUCAUCUCAGCAAAGAUUGAGGAAAUAGGAGAUUGUUUGAGUCAAACAAGCCAAUUAAAAUGAACCAAACAAAAUCCUCACUGUUCGUACAGCGGCCGUUCCAAACGUUGGACAUCCCUCAAAAUAAUGGUUUUGAAGCUUGUUUAUUUUAAAGAUGGUAUGAAGAUGUUCCGCAAACUACAUUGGUUUUGAUAGCAUUAAAUCACACGGUUACAUGUAUUUCACAGAGAAAGAGAUAAAAUGGAAUAACAGUUUUCUAAAGUAUUUAAGCUUAAGUAUACUUAACAGACAGAUAAUUUCAAAAGGAAGUGUCUAGGCCUCCUUCAGACCUACAGCAAAGUCCAAAAAGUGGUAAUGAAAUGUAAUUUUGAGUGUGAUUUUGUUAUGUUGUAGGUGUCAGCAAGUUCAAGAGGACUGGAUUAGAUAAGCUAACAAAUAGUUUGAUCUUAUGGGUAAGCCGAUUUGACACAUUCUCUGCUAGUACCAAAACAUGCAGGUUGUCAUGAAGCAAUAGCUGGCAGUCCUGUUCUCUGCAAGUCUGUUUCCUCAGUUCGUUUUUACGUUUUAUUCUCAAAACUGUCUUCUACAUGGUAAAUAAACUUGAGGAGGGAAAUGAAAGGUUCAUGGUGCCAUAACUUUGCACGAAGUGGUAGAGGUGUGCCAGUAGUAGUGGUAGCCAUGUUGGAGUGGAGGUGCCUGAGUCAUUGCUAAUUUUUCAUCUUCGAUAUGGUCAACUCUCUGUUAAUGCACACCUCUAUAAGGGGGAUACCUUGCUAAGAACGACACCUAGAAAAUGAAGAAAUGAUCGUCAUAGUGAGCGCAAUUUAUGCAAUUGUGUAAAGAAGCCUGAAAAAAAAUUCAGGACUUCAACGGGGUUUGAACCCGUGAUCUCCCGAUUACCUGUGCGAUGCUCUACCAUCUGAGCUAUGAAACCCCUGACGUUGGGAACAGGUCAAUUGUGGUAGAGUUGGUCCCUGCCUUUCUUUAAUUCUUUUAGUUGACUCUCUAUAAGACAGACAUCUCUCUAAGACCGACACUAACACCUGUCCCAAAGGUGUCUAUUUAAUGGAGAGUUGCCAGCAUGAAGUUUGGCAGUUUGAGGCCUUGUCUCUGCCUGCUUGUUUUAUUCAAAAAUUAAUUUCACUCAACUUUCUCUUCCUCCUUCUGGUACAGUCAAACCUCUUUAAUAAGGACACCAAAGGGACAGAACCAAGUGUCCGCUUUACAGGGGUGUUGGUAUUAUAGAGGUAGGAAGUGUGUGAUUUUUGGCAUUUCUGGGACCAAAUGAACCGUCCAUAUUUGAGAGGUAUCCGUAUUAUAGAGGUGUCCGUAAGGAGAAGGUUAGACUGUACUAUAUGUAGCUUCUCAUUUCUGGGAGUGGUAAUGCUCCUGUUACUCUUAAUUGCUUCAUACUACUGAGACUUGAAUAUCUCUAGCUAUAUUGAUAUUUGUUCUUUCCUCGAUUUUUCUUGAUGUCAUUUGCCACAAUACAUUCAAUUCAAAUGGUUGAUUUGUUUAGGAAGGGAUAUAUCAGGGACCGUGCAUAAGCUUUCUAAUGUUGCAAAUUAUAAAACAUACUUUUCUUGACUUGUGCCGUGUUUGAUGAUUAUGAUUAUUUCUCUGAUAGAUUGCUCUUUGUUUGGCCAUCAUUUGCACACUUUGUUCCAUUGGAACAACGGUGUGGGAGGAAAUCAUAGGACAGGUGUGUAGUUUAGUUUAACCUGCAGUAGGUACAGGUAAUUCAUAAUAGUGUUAAGGAGGCAAUUAUGCAUUGUGGCACCCAAACUAAAAGACGCUCCAAUAAGUUCCUUUUGACGCUUUACUUAACAGAUGAAUAAACUGGUGCACCCACUUGAAACUUCGUGUUCAGGUUUAGUCUUCUAUUUUGUAUUCAUUAAGGUCUUACUUUUUCGGAAUUUGGUUACCUUAAGGAAACAUAUGCUUGUAAAUUUCCACCAGGAAGAAUAUGUGGAAAUAAUUAUUCCUUGUUGGUGAUUAUUUUAUAAUGUAGCGCUUUUCUUUCUCUUUUUUCUUUCUUUCUUCCUUUACUUAUUUUAGCAUUUCCAAAUAUAUCUACCGUGGGAAGAUUUCUACAAGGACAGCGUGGUUAUCAUUGGAAUUGUGCACUGGCCUUCUUUUGUCAUGGUACUGAACACACUUAUUCCAAUUUCUCUGUACAUCAGGUAAGUGAAUUUCUGUAAGAAUGAUCCUUUUGGGCGCGACAUGCAGGCAUAUUGGCAACCUUCAGAUCACGAUAGAAUGUUCGAGGCAAAUUCUAUUCAUGAGUAUGUAGAUCGAAGUAUAUGUCUGAUCUCAAACGUCACGUGCCAUACCAUAUCAAUCUCGUGAAUGGCCUUUGCCCCCCGCUACUCAUUGGCUAGAGCAUAAAACCAUUUCAGCGACCCCCAGGCCCAUGCUUGUGACAGGACAUCUUUUUCAUGCCUGUUUGCGUUAAGCCUGCGAACGCAGACUUAUUUCUGGUCGUCGCUUCUCUGGGGGGAGGGUGGUUGCGCUCGCAGGCUAAGUUGCGCGCCAAAGACGCAUCGCAGUGCUAAGUAUUCUGAUAAGAACAAAGAGCAGUAUUGACCAGAAGCUAUUCUGUGGAACAGAUUCAGUUCGCACGCUUAUUGUUCCAGCAAUAGAACUAGAUUUGCUUGAUACAAAUCCACUCAUGCACUCAUAUGAAAUGGCGAUAAUCUUUAUCUACAGCAUAGAGGUGAUUCGUCUUGGUCAAAGUUUAUGGAUAAACUGGGACGCUUCAAUGUACUACGAAAUAAAAGAUACCCCAGCUUUGGCAAGGUAUGCUUAGUUUACCUUCAAACAUAUCAGAUGUAGUACACAUCAGUGUCUACGUUGCAUUUGUCUUUAUAUUUCUGUAACACACAGUAUAGUGUGGCUCACUUGAGCUUACUAAGUAUUAAAAAAGGCGAGUUGUUAAGUUACUAUUUCCUUUUUCAGAACAACCACUCUAACGGAAGAACUUGGCCAAAUUCAGUAUAUCUUCUCCGAUAAGGUGAAUAUAUUCUGUGCAUUCUGUUUUAUUCUGCACGUGCAAAAUUAAGGGACCCAGUAGGGUACCAUCCGGAAGGCCCAGAACAGACAGGGAAGGAGGACCUUCGUUGCUGCCCCUCAUACCAGCGAGCAUAGCGGGCAGGACGUAGUAGUAGUAAGGCCCAAAAUAAUGUUUGGAAGGUGACCGGACACGCUGAUUAAGGCCAAAGAAUAUUUUGCUCUGUUAAGUCUCAUUUCUGCUCGUUCAGACUAAAAAAUAUUAAACAAUAAUUUACUAAUAGCAUCCUGUUAGGCCAAAUUUAACAUUUACUCGUUCUAGUCGUCGCUAGACCUUUUAAAAAGUGGCUUAAUGGCCAAACGAUUUGGCCAAGAUAAACGUCUUGUUUCGCCAAAUAACAACAGAGGCUCGAGGAUGAUAUCUAGCGAAACAAAAUGACCAUGUUGACUACAAAAGUAACCUUAUGCCCAACCUUGACUCACUACGUAUUUCCUCCAUAGUAUCUAGCAAAACUUUUGAGGCCACAGAUUGUUUCGUUUAGUUUUGCGUCAUCGAAUGUCAUAAGCUUUGAUCGGUUAACAUGACUGGCGAGUGAAUUGUUUGGCCGGUCACUGAGUCGCCAUUCUGGCUGGACAUUUUCUGCUGACCGGCCGUUAUUUUGAGCCCUGCCCAGUGCCUACUCAUCGUUACAAGAUUUUUCGUUAUGGCACCUAUGAAGUUUCCAGGGCCUCUCUUUCCGAGGUGACGGGGAGCGAGAAAGAGAGGCCCGGUUCCGGUUUGCCACUCACGCGUUAGCCUAACGUCAAAUGCACAUCUGGAUAUAAACAGGUCCCUAUGCUAACAAAUUUGACUUUCUACGAGCUCCAAAUCAGGGGUCGACGUAAAUCUGGUAUUCUCUCUUCCCCCUCCGACUUUUUAAGCGAACUCAUUUGCAUGAAGUUUAUUUAAUUUACAACAAAGAUUAUGUUUUUCAAUCCAGACUGGAACUCUCACACAAAAUGUGAUGACCUUUAAGAAAUGUUCAAUUAAUGGCAGAUUGUUUGGUAAGUAGCUGUUGCUUUAGCGUCGUCAAUAACGUAAGAUGCGUCAUUUUUCUCUAGUUCUGUACAAGUAAUUGUACCUAGACAAGGAGAUGUUCUCUAAUCGGUUGGUAAUCACUCUUUAUUUCUUUCUUUCUAAGCAACCAAGUUUAUCAGGCCAGUUUGCUUGAAUAAAUCCGCAUUGUGCCUGUUUAGAUACCAUAAUUGUUCACUUGACAGAGAGAUAAACUCGUGGCUUGUUAAGAAUUCUUUUAUAUUUUUCUUUCUCGUAGCUUGAGAUUACCAACAAUUAAAAACAUUAAUCUUUAUGUGUUAAAGAAGCCAAGCGCAGCUUUCACUCUUCUUAACAAUUAAGUAACCAAUUUUAACUAACAACAUUUCUGCACUGUAAAGAAUAUGUAUUCAGUAAAGAUAUUGAUUUUAAAAUUAUCGACGCAGCUUUAGCCAAGCAACUAACAUUCUAUUGCAGCAGUGUAUUUAAAAGAAAGCUAUUGGCAAAAAUAACGAAAUCACCAGAGGUCAUGUUGAGUGGGUAAGCCCCAGGUAGACGCGUGUACGCUUUCUUAUACAGUUUCUAUUCGUGCAACAUGAAACUUUGAAACUAGUUUGUCUCCGCGGCGUGGUUGCCAUGAACUUUAGUAGGUACGGUUGAGCAACGUGUCCUUGCAACGAAGCUAUUAUUUUAGCCCGUCAGAGAAAAAUAUCAGGAUUCAUUUUGUUCCCGCUCCGAGGGAAACACAACAACCAAAAACAUUCCUCGCGCUUGUAUUUGAUGUUUGUGCGGAUAUUGUGACUUUGUCACCUUGCAUGUCUCUGUGCAUGCGCGUAAUUUUGUGGCACUGUUACGCGUGCCACCACAUGUCUUAGAAACAUGACCCCAGUGUUUUAGUGUGUUAUCUUAACUUGCCCUUUUUUAACUUCGCUGAUAAAUAAAUAACCUAGCCUUUGAAAACAGAUGACAUUUCGCGACGCCACCAAUGGCUUCCCCGCGAAUGGACGACUGAGAUACGAGUUCAGAAAUUCCAUACUGAUGACGUGUAACUACCCAGAUCUAGGUGCUGCUUCUGAUUUGGUGAAGCAAAUUUUCAACCAAUCAAAGGCACGAACCAGAUCUGAAUUGUGACUCAGUAUGCAAUUUCCACGCUCGUUCUUGAGGCUUCAUUUCGCGGGGAAACUAGUGGUGACGUCGCUAAAUGGCAACUGUUUUCUCAGGCUAUAAAUAACUAAAUUAAUAAAAUAUCUGUAAAUCCCAGGCGACCAUCCUGAUCCUGCUUCUUCUGUCUGGCAGCACCCUUCUAAGCACAAGUCACACGUCUCUUGUCAGUUUCAUAGCUGUUUCUUUGACUGUCCUCUGCAUGUACCUCGACGUACGUAUGAUAACAUGUCUUUGCCUCUUUCCUUCAAUCAAUCUUAACUGAAAUGACCGUCAUCUCUGCAAUUUACAACCCAUAUCCAAGGCUGUGUCAACAAAAACAAUGCUCUGUUAAAACUUCUAACCCACUUCUGACGUGGAUCUGAAAACCGUUACCAGACAGUGUGACAGUCGUCGAACUUAAACUCUUUCACUUUUAAAUUCGAUACAGUAGAGAACCAGCAAGUACUGUUGAAUUCACCCGUUGGUGGACAUCUUUGGAAUCAGUUUAAGUAUCCAUGCACUGAGGAGAGGUGCCUGCCUGCCUAAGGGAGGGAGGCUAAGGCUAUGUUCACAUUAUACCGGACAGCUUUUCGUGCCGACUCGAAUAGCUGUCCUGAAUAGUGUGACCACACCUAUUCAAGAUGUGACUCUUAACGUAAGAGAUCGGCGCGGCGUAGCUUCGCUCCGUUACAGAAACCGCACUGAAAUCACCGUUCGUAUGUGUGAACAGAUGUCCUAUCCAGUAUGAUUUCGUGCCGUCGCAAAAACUAGGGAGCUUAAGCAAAAGGCGUGUUUGAGCGACGCACGUUAACCGGAAGUGAGAUCUGUUUCAUUUUAAAGCGCCUUGACGCUUCCAAAUUUGUGUUUCUUAGUGUCUACUAUUAUAGAGAUUUGUCCAAAAAUUAGGGCUAAACCACCGUCCACAAUUGAAAAGAGACCACUUCCGGUUGACGUGCUUAGCUCAAAAACGUCUUUGCUUAAGGCUCACUAGAAUCUGGUUAAGUGUGAACAGAUCCUAAACGUGCAGUGUUUGUACAGUGGAAGCUCUUGCAGGCGCCGGGACAGCUCUACUUACGGCCACCUUCACAAAACCCCGUUUUUCCCAACGCCCAUACAAACUCUGUACCCUAAGGUGUUCCGAGGGUGUCCCGUUACGACAGCUUCCACUGCAUCUCGCUGAGACCAUUGCCGGUUCUCGUCUCAUGGGGUACUAGGUACGAGUUUGUGUAUUAUAGGAUCAAUCAAUUAAAGACCUUCAUAGUCAGAAAGAGCACAUCGAGUUUUACAAAAUCCCAAAAAUUGAAUGAUUUACUAAAUGCAUAGAUCUGCGAGCAAAGUCCGGACGCCCAUAAGUCUCUUCACGAUUUUCAGAUCCGCAUAGUGACAAAUUCAGUGUCAGGCCCAGGUCUACUCUUCACAGGAUAGCCGUCAGCUUGAAAAGCUAUCCGCAAUAGUAUGAACAGGAACGGCCAAGAGCUGGAACAAGCCAUUCACUCACAUCACAGCUCGUACCGGAGCGUUUGGCGGGGUGGAUUUUCUGCCUCAUAUCUUAAUCCUCAAUCCUGAAUAUUUACUAUCGUCUCUGUGGGUUCCAGUCUUUUCUACUACUUAUUUACUCCCGCUAGGGUCCCAAUACCUGUUCACACUACACCAAAUGAUUGGCUGGGAAAACAAUAGGGAUUGUGACAUAACAACGCCCCUAUCCCUGGAAACAAUAGAAGUGCAGAUUAAAGGGGACCAAUAAAAUAAGAGGUUUAGAACGGUGCAGGUCAACCGCACCAAAGAGUGGCACAGCACCUACCCGAUAGGUGACGAUCUAUCUUUGAGAUCAGCGCGGCGCAACUUCCCUCCGUUACAGAAACCGCGCCGAAAUCACCGUUGUUAUGUGUGAACUAAAGUCCUAUCAGAUAUGGUUUUCGUGUCGACAUAAGAGCUAGCUGGGAAACUGCCCACCUACCCCUCCCCUAAGUUAUCAUUUUGCCCUAAGUGAGGAGUAAGUGUUAAUGUCACCUUAGGGGAGGGGUAGGUGGGCAGUCCUUGUGAACAUAGUCUAAAUCUGGACUGUUUAACUGUGUACUUUUAGCUGGAGUUCGGUGGACUUGGUUUUGAGUCUAUGCGCAAAGCUCGUCUUGGAUUUGGGUUGAAAUUCAGGGAAACGGCAUUUUUACAAAUAUAAUAACACUUCUUUUGCACUAAUAAAGCCCCUUGGAAGCAGGAUUUCAAACUGAUUCCAUUUAAAGUAAACAAGAUUUUGUUUUUAUAUUCUCGAACCUUGGCUUGGUAAACAAACGUAUAACCCUUAACCAUCUGACUCGCUUAAUCUCUCAGUUAAAGUAAAACAGUGUCGUUUUCAAAAUGAUCGUUUUUUUCUGGUAAUGGACACAUUAGCUCUGCCAAGCAUUGAAAAUUAUGAUGACGAUACAAAUAAUGCAAAAUGCUUAACUAUAUUUUAAAGUCUAAACGUAAAUUUCUAUCGACUUUAAAGUGUGUUAGAUAUAAUAAGAGUCACUUCAGUCCUAUUUCUCGCACAAAAAAUUUGGGGCACUUGCAAAGUUGUUGUUUUGCUUAUUCAACGUUCUUUUUGCCGCUGCCUUCGUCGGAAUUCAAGGUCCCUGUAUAUAGCUAAUACAUGUAUGUAAAUAGUUAGCUUGAAUUGAAUGGUAUACACAAGAUUGCCCGGACCCCUCUUAGAUCCGCCGCUGGCUAGUGGAAAUCUCUACAGAGUAGGGAGAACAGAAAGGAAUGCGCAAUGGCUUUCAUUUGAAUGGUAACACUGAGGUAAAAGUCUGAGGGGCGCCUCAAAGUAAUGCUUUUGAUUUUGGUUUCCUGAGAUCUCCGACAUGAUUACAUUUGUUUGAAAAAUCUCUUUGUUAGGUCAUAUAGAGGGUGAAAAUGCAGGUAAUCCCGAGCAAACUCUUGUUAGCUCAGUCUCCAUCAGAGAGGAGGGGGUAGGUUAUGUCUCUUAACUUUCAUGUUGCUUUUGCUAAACGUGUACACUACCGGAAACAGUUUUAAAAUGACUGCAAUCUUGAAUUUCAGCACUCACCAAUUGGUCACAGAAUGUAACGAAAAAAGAAGUGCGUAAAAAUUAAGUAGAACGCAAAUGAAAUUUAGAAAAACCACGGAAAGGAAAGGAUGGGUAAAACUGGAGGAGAUUAACAUGGAUUGCAUUUAGAAAACUCCUCAGGCUCUAGCCUACGAGCAACCUUUCCCGAGGGUACGGGUGUGUGGGAGGAAAGAGCGCAACAACACCCGCAGAGCUUGCUCGCGGCCUGGGUUCAGUUUAAUAAAACUUUUACAGGAGUAAUUUACAAGUGUAGCCAUUGUUUUAGGGUCAGAAAACAAUAGCUACGCUUGUAAAUUACACUUGUUAAAUUUUUAUUAAAUUGACCGCUGUUCAGGCUCAGGUUGCUCCAACAACAGUUACAAACCUCAGAAAUCCUCUUUAUCUGUUAUGUGAUCCUUGUAUAUAUCCGGAAAGACCUUUUGCUUUUCCAAUUUAUGUUUUAACGUCCAUAGUCAACGAAAACAAGCUGAGUCUAUCAAAGAAGUGAAAUCGCUACGGUAUAAAGCGCUCUCAUUGAAAUGAAAACUUGAUUUUACUUUGAAGUACCUAUGUACAGCUUCAAGACUUGGCAAAACAUUCCGUAAUUGCCUUUAUUAUUUAUUAUCCGGGCCGUCGCGAUAUUCUCGCGAUCAAUUCAUAGAGAAAUCAUAAGAGCAUGAAAAAUCUAAAUCUUGUAGCUUCCAAUUUUGUCUUGUUUUGUAUACGGUACGAGUAAAGGACAAGGAGUGAUACAUGUACCUUUAUUAAUCAGGCCCAAAACGUUGACUUCUCCAAGAAUCCUUACGCGGAUGGCAAAUUCAGGUUUACGGACCAGACUCUGAUGGAUGAAAUAGGCAUUGGAAAUAAGGUAACGCUCGUAAUUAAAAGUGGAGUAUUGUUUUUUUUCGUUGUGUUGAUAACUGUAUCAUAGAUCUGUUUGUAUGAACAACGUUCCGUAUCAACCUCGUGGUAACAAAGUCAAAAUUGGUGCACUUGUUCUGACCACAUUUUUUUUAUUUUUUCCUUUGCAGGAAUGUCAGGAGUUCUUUCGUUUAUUGGCUGUAUGUCAUACUGUUAUGGUAGAAUCCAACAGUGGUAAAAAUUACUUAUUUUUUUUGGUCUCGAGAAUCUUAUACAUUAUCAUGCAGACAUAUCUCCCAAGGAGGGUUUUUUUCAUUCAGACACUUUUUUUUCAGAGAGGAGGGGAGGGGGAAGAGGGUGGCAGACUGUCUUUUGUCCGCCAGCUCUCAUUGUGUGUAUUGCUUUUGACCUGGGCCGAGUUGUUGGAAGGCCGAUUAGCCUAACCCAGGUUUUGUUUUCUUUUGUUCAAAAGUAUUUUCCGGGAUAAUUUUCUGUAUUCUUUUUAGCGCAUUCAAUUAACAUAUUAUCUGCAGAAAGAAUUAAACUGAAUUUGCUUUUUACACUUUUAUAUCUGAAUUCUUAUUUUAAUUCUAACCUUGGGUUAACUCUGCUUUGAACAACGCGGCCCUGCCCUUAAGGCUGGGUUUCACUACCACCUUAGUAGUAGUCGUAAUCAGUGAGUGUAGAGCGUUACGAUUUAGUGAAAACAGCGUUCUGAUUCCACUUAUUACUCCGUCGCUUACGACCAAGUGAGAACUAAAUUGUCGGAGUAGCAACUAGAAGGCGGAAGAACUUCACCAAUCACAAAGCGUCUGAACGAGCAUUCCGUUUCUGCUUCCGACUCCGACAAUCUCGUUUUCACUAGAUCGUAAGCGAUGAAGCUAUUAGCGUAGUCGGAAGAAAAUGAAAACGUUCUGAUUAUUCCGACUCCGAUUCCGUUGCGCUUAUGACUCCGCUUACGACGCCGAUUUUUUAGUUUCACUAUAAGUAUAGCCUCCCACGCAGACGUUCUUAGGGCUUCGUGACUCGUUCCUUCCCCUUGUUCUAGGUCCUAAGAGCUCCUUCGAGGCUCUGAUCACUACUCCGACUCCGUUGCUAGUGAAAAUCAGUCUUUAAAUGGAUAUCUCACGCUUAUUGUAUUCUUUUUAUAAAGCCAAAACAUGCCUUUGCGUCAAUGGAAAUUACAAAAUAAUGGUCCAGUUUUGUUGUGUAAGACCUUGUUUAGGCAUUGAAAUUGUUUUCUGCCGUCUGUUGCUACAGAGUGAAAGAAUGGACAUUGAUUUAAACUUGAAAAAAUCGGGCCAGCUUUUUUCAAGUUUCAGUUCUAUGCCUGUAAAAAUCACCAAAACAUUUAUUACUAUGGUUACUGCUCUCUGAAGAAAUUAAAAGUUUGUUUGAUAUCUUUUUCACAACUCUACAGGAGCAUUUUGUCUAUGGGUAAAGGCCGCACUAAUUUUAAAAUGACUUAAACAGAGUAGACCCAAAGUAGCAUUAAACUGAUUUAGCAGUAGAACGGGAACGUCAGUUUACGACAUCGCGCGCAAAUCAAACAACUGGUUUGACCAAUGGCAGAGCGGCAAAUUGGGCACCGGAAGUCGCGUUUAGUCCUUUUCGCGCGCUUUUUCUGUCGUCAACUGGCGUUCCCGUUCUGUUGCUAAAUCAGCCUAUUAGAGUUGUUCAAAGCUGGGUUAAGAUAACCCAGGGUUAGUGCGAGAUUGAAUUCAGAUUUGAAAGCCUAAAAAGCAUUUCAGUUUUAAUUCUUUUUGUCAACAAGCUGAAGAUUGGAAGCUCUAAAAAUAGCACAGAAAAUUAUCCGCGAAAAUGCUUUUGAACACUGAAAUCAGGUUAAAUUUAUCCUGGUGACGUAAUCCCCUUCGAACAAAGAAAUGACGUAACCCCUUUUAGAAGUAAAUUGUAAACCUUUCACUUGUUUGUAUUUUGUUUGAAAAGAUAACUUGGAAUAUCAAGCCCAGUCCCCUGAUGAAGCAGCUCUAGUUACGGCCGCAAGAAACUUUGGAUUCGCCUUUGUGGUAACAAAAGCACAUUUGCGUAUUUCAUUUGGGGGUUGUUGCCUGGGAUUUUUAUUUGCUCCAAGCUGGUGAUAUUAUUAAUAUAAAAUCUUUCUGAAGACCUUUCUUUUUUUUCUUUCUUGUUUUCACAGGGUCGUUCGCCGACCACUCUUACUAUUGAUGUUACAGGGGAAAAGGUACUUUUAUCUUGUUUGUAGAACUUUCUUUUCGCUUAUAUAGCGGAACGAGCAUUGACACCCGGACGCGGAGUCCAAACCCGAAGCCGCAAAAUCCUGUUUCCGGUUCGAUUGCGCAUGCGUGCAGUUGUUUAUCUGUUUCUCACCAAGCAGGGUUCUCACUGCACUUUAUCUUUACCUUCUUUAUAAAAUAUGUUUUCAUAUACACGUAGAAUCUAAAAACAACAGUUCUGUUGAUAAAAAUAACGUGAUGUGAAAUGGGUAAAGAGUCACCUCGAGCUAAUAAAGUCUAUUCUUCUACAAUGUGUAAACGUUAACAAAACCAUAUCGAAAUAUAACCCCAGCCGAUUUCUAUUUUUCCGCGGAUAGAAAUGCAAAGGUUAUAAACCACAUUGCAACAGCGCAACGAUGAACCCUCUUUUUCGACAACUUCGGACAUAGCUCGCCAUUGCCCGCGCCAAGAACUUCUUUUUAAUUUGCAUGAAAAAGAAACGUUUUUAUUAGCCAUCGGGAGUGAUCGUAUUUGGAUUAUCUCAGAGGUUCAGUCAGUGAUCUGUGGCGCUGACCAAAAACAUUGCAGCCCCUGGGAACCCGAACGAGGUUGUAGGUGACUCAACUAGAAGUAGCAGAUGAAAAGACGCGCAAGUCACUUGAGUCAAAGUUGAGCUUGGAUGGCUCUCAACGAUUAAAGUAUUUCUUUUGGUACUUCUACUUGAAUAGAUCAAUAUUAUAUAUAUUUGUUGCAUCCGGCGUGUGCCAAAUUGUCACUGAACAAGUCUUGGCACGGUCAUUUUUUUACAAUACGAAAUGCCUUAACAAAAGUACAACGGAGAACCCCUUCAAUGCUUGACUGAAACCUCCUUCACUUUAGCUUAAACUGCUUAUAGGUCAAUGUUUGGCAAAGACUCCUGAUCUCUGUAUGUCGAGUUGAAAAAGUGUGUUUGUCGAUUCCCUGCCUUAUUACGUUUACAAAACCGUGAUCGUAAUUGUUUCUUUCCUCGUUUCAGGAAAUUUACGAGUUGUUAGCCAUUUUGGACUUCAAUAAUGAACGAAAACGGAUGUCGGUGAGUACGAUCAUAACAUACCACCAUGUUGAAGGUGCAAUUAACAUACCUUCUGGAUGUCGAUUGGAUCCGAGAUUAUCUCACUCCUUGCGCGCUGCCCCUUGCUCCUUCUACUUCUGUAGAAAACUGAUAGAAUUGUUAGGAGUGGCGUGUUUCAAACAGAGUAUUGCAUUAAAACAAAAAUUUCUGAGAAAUUGACCGCAUCCUAGGUAGCUCAGUUGAGAGAGCGCCGGUCUGCUGAGAGGGAGGUCGCGGGUUCAAACACCGGCGGCACUAACACUCAGGGCCAUUAAAUAGCUGAGGAGAAAGUUUUGCCUUUGCAAUAACAUUUGCAAACGGUUAGACUUCCUAGUUUUCUUCGAUAGGGACGAAAAACCAUAGGUCCCGUCUCACAGCACUUUCACUUAUCUCGUUCUUGUGGGACGUAAAAGGACCCACACCACAGUUCGAAGAGACGUAGAUCCCGGAGCAAAUCAACGACUGAAAUAGAUAAUUCAAAUUCAACAUACCGGUAACAUCAUUGUUGCGAAUCCCAAUAGUAGGAGGCAGACCAGUCGGCUGUUUACAAGCGUGGCUGAGGAGCUGAACUCGUUGCUUCCGAGAAACAAAUCAGUCCAGCCAGUGGUCAGGGUGGGACGUAGACCCAGGACCCUCCGGAUUGCGAGCCUAGUUCUCUGUCCAAUUUGUCACGGUACCUCUAUCCCUGAGUGUAACUGGCCCUAAGAGCGCGAGGGGUGAUUUAGUAUUUUGCAAGGAAAAGGAAGGGGAAGGGGGGUAGUUAUGAUUCUGUUUCAAGUGCGUAGCAUUUGAGUAUCAACAAGCUUCAGGUACGGAAAUGUUACAAAGAAAUUUCAGUGUUUUGAUUGUUUGUUUGUUUUUUUCUUUUUAUGUGUAGGUGAUUGUCAAAAGAGACGAUCAAAUAAGACUCUACUGCAAGGGAGCAGGUAAGUGGUUGUUUUUUUCAUUGCAGCUAAUGCUAGAAACUGAACGCUAGUUUUGGCUUCGAGUACAGAAAUGUUACAGAUUUACUGACCAUUCGCCACUUAAAAAAAGAGAGGGGAACUGGAGCCGAAGUACGUCCCGCAAUUGGUUCUGGGAUAGUUACAGGGGAUGCGCUUGUCAGCUAUUGGCCAAUUUUUCCUCUGUCCCUGGUAACAGUCCCAGAAGUCUUUGCAAAAGUUAACUCGGACCAGUUUCCUUCAGUUCGCGUUUCUAAAGUGGCGAGAGAAGGCUAACGAACAGUGCUUUUUUUGAAGCGGUCGUUGUCCUAGUGGAGUGGAAAUUAAGGGUUUUUAAGAUUAUAGGGUUAAUUUAACUUGAGUUUUUUUCGUUUUUUUUUUUUGGCGGAGGAAAUGUAGUUUCUAUAAGAAUAUCCUGGCGAAGUUUUACUAAAUUUUGUUUUGCUCUUUGUUUUGUAGAUACUAUUGUUUACGAACGUCUUGAUCGUUCCUGCAAACCGCUUAUGGCAAAAACGAUGCAGCAUCUAAACGUAAGCUGCUUGUGAACUACUUCUAUACACAUCUCUCCUCCUUUUAGGGGCUUCAGCAGGGCACUGUAACGGCUUUUUUUGGAGAAUUUUCAUCUCACAAUAGUGUAAGCUAGAAUUAAAAUUAGUUCACACUAGGCGAAAGUUAAACAAUGAAAACAAAGUCGCUUAAAAAGAGUAGUUCUAAGGAGAUCUAGGAAGAUUGUUCCUCAAUUAUUUUCAAGUCAUCUAGUAAGAAAUGCCCAAAUAAUUCGAGUCCUCGUCAACUUAGAACGGGUAAGAGCUUCGUCUUGUCACAAUGCCGCGAAUUCGCGAAGGCGCUUUUUUUCUGUAGAUUUGAUUGCUUACUGUCAUUGACUUUUAUCUUAGAUGUUUGCUGCGGAAGGUUUGCGUACAUUGGUGACAGCAUAUAAGGACAUACCAAUGGAUUUGUACGAAGAGUGGAAAACUAAAUACGACGAGGCUAGGUAAAAGACUCGCUGUUCAAAUGCUUUUUUUAUCUUAUACCGGAAGAAAAAAAGAAAGGUUUUACUUCAUCGGCCCUCCCGUCUUGGAUGUUUAUUCACAAGAAAAUUUGUCCUCGUACAAUUACAAAUACAAUUAAUUAAACUUAUGUAAAGCAAAUUUCAAUGGAGCAUGAUCAAAUGCGCUUUACAGUAAGUUAAAAAGACUAAAAAUGAAUAAAAAUUUACAAGCAGGUAAAAGGUUUAAAAAAAAUGAAAAUGAUGAUGACGAUAAAAAUAUAAGUGAAUAAUAAAAUAAACGAAAAAUGUAUUCUACUACAAUUUAAAAGCUCGUUUAAAAAGAUAUGGCGGUUUUAACAUGGCAUUUCCCCAUUUCCUCUUCCUUAUUUUAAAUGUCAAACUUACACUUAACACUAAAUUAGUUCUUAAACAUUCAAAGGUCGUAGGAUGAAACGGACUUUCUUGAGGAAUAUUGGUUCCUGUGCAUCCCUGUUCAGCCGUUGAUUGCGUGACGACGAAUUAAUGGCGUCGUAAAUAGGUUGUAAUUUGGGUCAGUCACGCAACACUUCUUUCGUACAAAAGUUCAGUGUGUAAAGACGUAGCUAGCAAUAAGCUGUUUUAAGGUUACGAUAAAGGCUGGGUCGGUGUUGUUUCGAAUUGCACUGUGGAACUGAUUUCAAGAUGCUGUCGCUUUUUUAUUGGCUAUUACGAGGUUGCACAGGAGACUGGAGCAAAAUUCGCUCUCCCCCCCCCCCCCCCCCACUCCUCUUAAACAGUCCCAUACUGCAGUUCGACUAAAAACCCGUCCCAGUCUUUAGCCACCUCAAAAUGGCCAAUUGCUCUGUAGAAGUAAAGAACAUCCGUUAUCUGCUUUUUAGCCUUCUUACCCUAAGCUUUCUUUUUUAACGUACAUUUGUAUCAUUUUGUUUUGCAGUCUAGCUAUGGAGAACAGAGACGAACUUAUUCAGCAGGUGACUACUGUAUUUUUCGUUUGCCUUGAGAUCUGUGGUUCGUUUUAAGAAGACAACCUUAUGAUCUCUGUUAAUUCCUUUUUGCGUUGUAGGUUUAUGAGGACAUUGAACAGAAUUUGAUUUUGCUUGGUGCGACGGCAAUAGAGGAUAAGCUUCAAGAUGAUGUACCUGAUACUAUUGCUACCCUGGCAGAGGUAACGCAAUGAAUGUGUGACUGCAUUACUGAUUCCUCCUCCUCUUUGGUUGGGUGACGAGCCAUUUAAUGUAUCGACCACCUUAGGGAAAUAUCCGUCGAAAAGAAGCUAUUAAAUAAUGACUCUGUUUUCAUUAGCCCUGUAGCCAAAAAGUCAUUACCAGACUAACAAUCAUGCGUAAUGUAGAAAAAGUGGAGCAACAAGAAACAGCUGUCUUGUAACUUUCUAUUAUAUAGUGUAGCGGUAAACCUAGCUUUCUGCGCGAAGAAGGGUGUCAAGUAUAUCCGAUGUACUGUUAAAUGCUGCACGUAAUACCCUUUCUUGCAGUCUGUCUAGUUUUCCUGUCUGAUACAUAAGAAAAAAGUUUAACUUAGUUUUAAAGUUUAAAUCGCUUUGGCUUAGAAAUUUCUCAGAGGUUUUGAGGUUGCCCAAUCAGGGAUUACCAUCAACGAGCAUAAAGUAAACACAUCUUGAAUAAACUCAGUCAUUCGUCUUUCUUUACCUACAGGCAGAUAUCAAAAUCUGGGUUUUGACUGGAGAUAAAGUAGGUUAGUAAUAUUAGUUUUACUGUAGAAAAUAGAAAUGACAGACCUAGGAGACUAUGGAUUGCUCUUUCGAAAUUGCUGAGAUUUGGCGCUUUUAUUCCGUAAGCUUGGACUGACAUCCGCAAUUGGCCAUUUUACAGUUGUGUACUCAGUACCCUGGCCUUUGAGUGGAAGCGAGGCUGAAGGUGACCUGUGUUACGUUACAAACCUUCUUUCUUUUCAUGUGCAAUUCGUGUUAUUCUUAUGCUAACAAAAUCGUGAACAUCAUCAUUUACACGUUCAAAACAGGAGGUUUUGUAACAAAACAUAGUCAACUUUAGCCUCGCUUCCGGUCAAUAGCCAGGAAACGGAGCACACAACUGAGAAAUUGCCUCUUGUUAGUCUUAAACCACGUGACAGGGCGGCCAUUUUGGUGGACAAAAUAUUACAUAGAAAUUUGAAUGAAUAAGUUUUUUUUGUUGUUUACAGAGACGGCCAUCAACAUAGGCUACUCGUGUCAUUUGUUGACUGACGACAUGACGGAAGUUUUUAAAAUUGAGGGUGAAUCACUGGAGAGUGUGCAGCAAGCCAUUGAGGAAUGCAAAGGCAAAAUUUUAGGCCCAGAAGCAGCUGUUUCCAGGAUGCAGAGCAAAGAUAACAGUCUUAAAGAUGUUGAGGUCGAAGUGUUAUCGUACAAGGACAAUUUCGUGGGGGAAAUAUCACAACAAGCAGAGGUAAGAGAAAUUCUAGUUGUGGAGUGAUACCGAACGGUCUUGACCUGUCAGUAAACCUGCGAUGGGGAGAGCAACAUUCUAACUCCACUAUUACCGUGUUUUGCAGUGGAAGCGAUGAUACUAUUUGUUUGACUGAUGCUUUCCUAAAGGAUUAGGGCGAGUCAAAACUGAUUACUUUGCUUUCAAGAUAGCGGCCGCGAUCAAUUUACCUCUGAGAGUGCGUUGAAAAGGGGCCUGUUACAGAUGUAUCCUAAUCACGAAGACUGCCCGACAUUUGACGCUGCAAAAGUCCCGUAAAAAGCAUAAAUAGAUUAAAACUAUCCCACGUGCAUCAGCGCGCUCAUGCGUAUUUACUUUUGACUUGUUUCUCACAGAAGGCGAAGAAGGCAAAAGAAACAUUUGGACUCGUAAUUCCUGGAAAGAGUUUAGUAAGUCAAUAACAUAAUAUCUUUAGUGUAUUUCAUAGAAAUUCAACCUUUUUUUUUUAUUCGCUGUGUUAUUUUCUUGCUCUUUUUAUGGCAACAAAAAACGCUCCUUACAUUCUUUUUAGGCAUUUGCCCUUCAAGAAAGUGUGGAGAAAGAAUUCUUAUCUCUAGCGUGCCUCUGUAAAGCUGUGAUAUGCUGCAGAGUUACUCCACUUCAAAAGGUAAUUUCCUAUGCUCUUAAUUGAUGACCACGAUGCACAAACCCCCAUACUGCUAGCUUAGUUCUUAAAGGGAGGGCUUGGGGAGGGGAGUACUCAGAGAUUUAGACUCUGGUUUUAUGAAACCGGAAUGAAUGAGUUGCUUUCUAAAGUGAAGUUCGUACUGCAUUCACGUGAUAAGAUCGAACGGCUCAGCCUAAGGCGUUCUCGCUGGUGUGGCUUUCGCGUCAUUUCAGAUACGCAUGCGCCACUCGCGAUUUUCAAUCUGGAUCGAAGUUCGUUUCCAGUUUAAAUGACUCCAGAAUGAAAUUACGUACCAGAACGAGAAUUUCAUUCGGAUUGAAAACCGGAAUGAUGACCUGUACGGGAACGAAAUUUUGUUUCGGUAUCAUGUGAACAAAUAGAGACAAAUAUAUGCCGGUAGAAUGAACUCCUUCCAGAAUAAAAGUCAUUCCGGUAUCAUGUGAAUAUCUCAUUAAAACUAUGGAUUUUUGCCGCUCUCGUUAUCAUAGCCGUCUUCGGUGUAUAGCAUUGACUUUCAGGUGAGAAUUUAUCCUUGUCUCGUGUCCUAUUUUCUAGGCAUUAGUUGUCCAGCUUGUAAAAAACAAUCUGAAUGCUGUGACGUUAGCCAUUGGAGACGGAGCUAAUGACGUCAGUAUGAUCAAAGGUAUGCUUCUCUCGAAAAUCUUGGAAUAACUUGUCAGUUGUCCGUCUUAAGGACGCGAUGGUUUUUCUACACUUAUAAAGCCUCUUAUAUAACAGGGAGAAAAUACCCGAUAAACAUUUGUCCUCACUUGCCGAUAAUCCACUUUAGUGAAACGGAGAAGACAGAGAGAAGCUGUCGUUUGUGUCCCCUUAUAUUAAAGUUUUAAUUAAAUUCAUUAGUAUUUAUUUUUUGUACUUUCAGCUGCGCACAUAGGCGUUGGAAUAAGUGGUCAAGAAGGAAUGCAGGCUGUUUUAGCUAGUGAUUUCUCUUUUGGGCAGUUUAAAUAUCCUUUUUAUUUUAACACAAUACACUGACUAUUAUUAGUGUUAACUGGCGUAAGGAUGGUGGGGGGGGGGGGUUGCAAUUCACGCGGGACGAUAGGAAAACUUGCACGCGAUCAAUAUUACACCUACUCCACAGGUUUUCCCAAGGUUUAGUGAAGAGCACGGACCUUUAAAGCGGGGAUGAUGGCCCCUGCUUUCCUUAUUGAUUAACUCAAAUAUCCCCAAAAUAAGUGAAAGCGAUCGCGAGGCAGGCCCAGACUUAAAAUUCACCAUGUUCACCGAGACCACAAUGCACCUUGUUAACCUCCCAAAAUUUUGCUUAACCAUUGUUUCCAAUACUAGCUCGGGUGGAGAGAAGCGACGACUUGAAAUACGUCUGCGUUCGCAGGCUAGGGUAUUACAAUCGUCCUAAGAGACAUCAAAGACAAAAUUUUGUGAGGUAAACAAGUUGCAUUUAUCUCUGAUCUUUGUGGAAAUGGUGAAUUGCCGUUAGUAAUGACACGAUUCGAGAGUCGACACUACAAAGUCCAGCAAUGAAAUAUUCACCACCCCCCUCCGCAAAAUUUUGCCCCUGUCACCCUUGGAAGCGACCGAAUUCCUCUAUAUACAGACCUUAGUGCGUUGUGAUCUAAGACUUUGAUUGGCCAUUUUGAGGUUGCUCGCGUGAGACUGUUAUGGAGUUGCGUCGAAUUGCACUGUGGUACUGUUUUGGUGGAAUAAUUUUUCUCCAGUUCCCGCGCAAUUUGUAAUAGCCAAUGACAGAAGAGAAAGCGUCUCCAAAACAGUCCCACGGUGCAAUUCGACACAACUUCGACCCAAGCUCUCGCUCAACAUCCAAGAUUGCUAUGUUCACCCUAGUUUUAUCCCUGAGGUCUUGUCCACACUUGUGAGUUUUUUCUUAACAGCUUAUUUACGUAUCUUCAAAGACUCCUUCUCGUCCAUGGACGGUGGUCAUACUUUCGAAUGAGUAAAUUUUUAAACUACUUUUUCUACAAGAAUUUUGCAUUCACCUUGUGUCAACUAUGGUACGCUUUUUUUACCGGAUUUUCAGCGCAGGUAAAUGUAAUCUCCUUGAUAGACUUUAUAUUCCAGUAUUGCUGUUUUGACACUUUUAUUUCUGAAGUAUAUAUGAAAUAAUUCAUUUUGAACUGCGGUUGUAGAUGAAAGUGAAGAAUGAUCAUCGCAGUAAAUUUUCCAAUUUAAGCAAUUGGAGAGAAGAAGCCUGAAAAAAAUCAGGGCUUCAACGGGAUUCGAACCCGUGACCUCCGCGUUACCGGUGCGUUGCUCUACCAACUGAGCUAUGAAGCCACACAUUUUGAGCGAGGUCAAUGUGUAGCUUCAUAGCUCAGUUGGUAGAGCAACGCACCGGUAACGCGGAGGUCACGGGUUCGAAUCCCGUUGAAGCCCUGAUUUUUUUCAGGCUUCUUCUUUCCAAUUGCUUAAAUUGGAAAAUUUCCUGCGAUGAUCAUUCUUCAUUCUUCACUUUCACUUUUAUUUUUGUUUUUGUUGUUGUUGUUGUUGUUGUUGUUUUCUUUUUCUUUCUUUUUUUUUUUCGUAUCUUUAAGCUAUUGCCUCAAUCAGCCAGGUAGAAUAUUAAAGCAUUGCUGUGCAAAAUGCUCGCUAAAGGAUAAAGCUUUAUACGUUUUUACAAUUAAGAAUCGCCGCUUAUUCGCCACUGAGCCUCUCGUAGCUCAGUUGUUAGAGCAUCCGAACUAGAACUCGGAGGGUCGUAAGUUCGAUUCUCACUUGGAGCUCGGAAUUUUUUCUGAAUUUUCUGGUGUUAGAAUUCUUCUUCCAAAUCAUCCAGUUCAGAUCCUUCUCGUCGAUGUGCUUCACAAGGAGAGUUACCAGAACUGGACUAAAGAAGUUACAAAAUGCGGGGGUAGGGGUGUAACGAUUCAUAUUCCUUGCGAUUCGAUUCGAUUUCGAUUAUUGUCUUUCGAUUUCGAUUAUUUCGAUUCGAUUAUGUAAAUGUUUCUUAAUUCUUAUAACAUAACGCGUAAUGUUAACAAUAUGCAACCCUAAACCCUCAAUUUGAGAAUAGUAACAGGGGCAGGAGGAUUAACAGUCGCUUGGUUCGUCGCCAUGUUUGAGAACCUUACAAAGAGCGUGCCGCACAUGGUUUGCCUUAUUUGGAAAUUCUCAAGGGGUGGUUGAAGGAAAGCAUUUUUACAGGAAACACAAAAUGGCGCACGAACUGCCAUCGUCUUUGUUCGUCAAUCAAAAACGCACAUUUUAAAGAGUUCUGGAUUCUGAUUUAACAAUAUAAUAACUCACUGAGGACACCGUGGAAAAGGUGUACAAAAAUCGCACCAAAAUCGAAACGUGGAAGCAAAGAAUCGUGAAUCGAACCGAAUGGUCAUAAUCGCGAUUAAUCGUUACACCACUAUGCGGGUGAUGAGUUAGCAACACAAAACAUCACGAGCAAUGUCUGUAAAGAGAAUUGCAAUAAUUUAACCAAGGCCUUUGAAAUGACCUGUUUAGCUAAAUCUGUAUCUAAAUUAUUAUUAAUCCACGAAGGGGGGUGUCCUGUCUCUGUGGAUGUUGUUGGUCUGUUGUUAGUGAUGACCUCGUAACCACUCUUUCUUUCAUUUCAGACUGUUUAUGAUGCAUGGUUUAUCUCAUUUUAUAACGUACUUUUCACCUCGGCUCCCAUCGUGUUUUUAGCAGUUCUUGAUCAGGUAGGAAGUUUGUGAUAUCCUUUAUCAAGGUAGUCAUCUUUCAGUAGAUAGCGUGGAAGGAACACACCACUCAGUCUUGAACUCUUCGUUGCCGUGAGAACUCAGACUCAGACUUACAGUGGGGAUGUUGCAAGGGCACCCAACGAGAAUACAAAGCGGGGAUGUUGUAUUUUAGUAUUUAAACGGUGUUGCAUAUUUUUAUCCCCUAACAAUUUUUCAUCUGUUCGGAUUUCCUAGGUGGGUCCGAAAAUUUCAGCCAGAAGAAAGGCUCCCGAAAAAAUUCUAGGUGAACCAUUUUUUAGAGACGACCAAGAAAGUUGAAAAAGUUCCAAAUCGUCUUCCGAACAGAUCUGCCUAGUGGAACAAACAUUUGAGCAAAACCGCUGCCUAAGAAUGCUUGCGAAAAGUCUACAUCCGGUUGACGCGUGUUUUCCUAAAACGUCUUUGCGUCGUUAAUUUGCCCGUCACUUUUCUUAUGCACUCGCCCUCCCUUCCGCCAGCUACACCAGCUAAAAAUUGCUAAAAUUAGAACCCGCUAAAUGUAGUUCCACUCGGGAUUCGAUUUAUCUUCCUUUCAAGUGUCCACACGUUGAAUACGUAAGUAGAAUCUGACCUUAUAAUAACCCUGUUAGUUGACGUCGUUCUGUGUUACUUCCUUUCCUUUCAGGACGUUUCAGAGAAGUCUUGUUCUAAGCAUCCUCGUUUGUACAUUCCUGGUCAAACAAACCAGAUGUUCAACCGGAAAAUCUUUUUCCUGAGUUUGUUGUACGGUACUCUGACGUCGUUAGCUAUUUUCUUCAUUUCUUACGGUGUUUUUCAAGAUCGGAUAACCAGUGAUGGUCUGGAGACCUCAUCGGUAUCUUUCUUUGGCACGGUAGUCGCAGCCAUUCUGGUAGUCGUUGUAAACAUUGAGGUGAGUUCAAAACGUGCUAUUAGGGACCUUAAGAUCCGCGCCAAGGACGACGACAACGAAGAAAACGUCGCUAAAUAAGUGAAUUCACGUUAUUCUAAUCUUCAUCGCUAUUGUUCCAACUCACUUGCUUUGACAAAUUUAGGCAACUGUAAUGCAAGUGCAAUUUUGUUCUUUUGCGUAUUAAAUGUGUUGCUCUUUAGACGCUCUCGUUGCCGUCGCUGUCGUCUGAUCUUAGGGUCCCAAUUAUUUGAAAAGUGCCGCUCCGAAUUAAGCGAAGUCACCUGGGGUCCGUUUCUCGAAAGUCCCGAUAAUUAACGGGCCCGACAAGCUGUUACCGUUUACAUUAAAGAUCGGGGUUUCAGUAGUUUUGCAUCUAACAUGAUAAAACUAUCAGUUAAUGAAACAAAAUGGAGUAGUUUUCUAGCCAGGACCAGCGUUCUUGUUCUUUUUAUUUCUAUUUGAAUAUUUGAUUUCGGGCCCGAAAAGUUACCGGGCCUCUCGAGAAACGGGCCCCUGGCCCUCAACCGCGGACGAGGCUGUGAAUUAGCGCCCACGUUUUUCAUUCUUCCUGUCACAUGUUCAGCGUAGUCAUGUGACCUAAUGCAGUCCUAACCCUAAAAACGAGAACGUGAUGUCAUUUUCAUUGGCGUUCAUUUAAAGGAUGUCUCCAUGUGUUACACGCCUGUUAUUUAGGCAGUAUCAGCUCAGUCGGUAGAGCGCUUGACUGCAGAGCGGGGGGUCACGGGUUCGAUUUCAGGGACCGGACCAAUACUCAUGGUGUUAAAAUGACUGAGGAAUGAAGGUACUGCCUUUGCCCUGCAAAUGGCUAGACCUUCCCGUGGCUCGGAUGACCACGUAAAGUGGCGGUUCCGUCUCCAGUAGGAGAAGUAAAAAUAGUGUCCCCAAUUAGUACUUUCGUGCUAAAUACAUUGACACUCAAAUAAAGUGCAUUUAUUUUAUUUUUUAUUAUUAUUUUUUUAUCCUCUCCAGAUCUCCUUCAUCACUCAGUAUUGGACAUGGAUUAAUCACUUUUUCAUUUGGGGAAGCAUUUUAUUCUAUUUCGUAUUUUACUUCGCCUUUUACGCGGAAUUCGUGUUCAAUAUAAUCCCACAGGGACACUACUACGGCAGGCAAUUUGAGGUUUACGGCAAUGGCGCGUUUUGGUUCUGCUUGCUGCUGGUCCUGGUGGUAACUGCCACGCCUCGUUUGUCGUAUCAUUUCAUUUCAAAUGAACUCUACCCAUCGCUAAGCGACACGGUUAGACGGCAAGAGAGGCAUAAGAGAUUGACGACGGGGGUGCCUGUUGAAGAAUUCAAGCCGCGGCUGGUUCGUAGGCGAAGUUCCAAACGUUCCAGUUACGCAUUUGCUCAUCAAGAAGGAUUCGGCAAAAUUGUUAUGUCUCCUGCUUCUUUUUUAAGGAAAAAGCUACGUGUUAGUUCUCGAAGUAAGACUUCUGCUGUAGAUGCCCUGUAAUUUACAUCACUGAAGUUUUCAACGCGGUGGUCCACUCCUAGAGCUGCUGUAGGUGAUAAAAUGGUCCCUAAAUUUUUACUUUGGGCUUCUCUCAGGCAGCUCUCACAUCCGAUGAACUAACGAUUACUUACAUUUUUCCUUAACCAGCUGUUUUGAAAUACGGUAAGCGGUUAGCUGGUUUGAAUUUUCAACUGAGAAGUUCUGUGGCACCUGGCUGGGACAAUUGGUAAUUCUGAAAAUACUCGGAAGAUCCGAUCGCAUGCCAUGGUUGAAGAAGUAAACUCAAGAGGGGCGCGAAAAGCGAAUCAAGCAAAGACCUGCAAACUAAUUCGUUUGCGACAUGAAGUUUACGGCCCUGCUCUCAUUGUAACGAUAACUUUUUAGUUUAAAGUACUUUUUUUAUUUACCCAGUUAAUGAUCUCAGUAACAUCUUAAUAUAUUUCAUAUAUCUACAUUUCCAACUUCUACGCCAUUAUCAACUGGUGCUUUGAAUUAACAUAACUAUUAAUUUUAUGUGGGGUAUUUUCCACGGUGUACCUUUUUAGUAACUUAAAACUGUUAGUAUGUUCUUAGCGAAGCUUUGUAAGUUAUAUAAAGAUAACUAAAAUACAGGGAAAAAAGUUGUAUAUUUACUCCUUUGACAGAAUAACGCGGUCAGACGAAAAAUUUGACUAUAAAACAAACUUUACUUUUAAUAUUUUUGGAGACUUUAUGGCGACUUACCUGGAUUUUUCAGUCGGGG